GCGGCGUUUCAGUUCCAGUAUAAACUUGGCAUUUGCUGACGACGCUGACUGUUUUGAGUUUACUAAACAGAGUCUUCAUAAUAUUGCGCUGGUGUGACGUAAUCAUGUGGCCUCCCAACCACGCCCACAAUGGCUGGCUUGUAAGCCUGGCCUUCUGCCUUUGCCUGAUGAGCCUGCAGAUGGUAACGGUAUCGGGGAUCAAUUGCUAUGUUUGCGACACUAGCGACACGGAGCACCCCUUCCAGUGCGGCGAAUGGUUCGAGCGAUACGACGAGCCCGACAUCCAGCCCCAAAACUGUUCCAGUGUCCAUGGCGCCCAGUUUUGCGUGAAGCACGUGGGCCGCUUCGAGGGCGGAAUCGGAGCGAAGAGGUUCUGCAGCUCAAAGGACAUGGGUAACUACUGUGACUAUGUGCGAAAUAAGGGCGAUCGCAUGGACUACCGAAGCUGCAUUUACACUUGUGAUACGGACGGUUGCAAUGCCGCUGGAAGAUUGGAACUGGAAUGGGGCGUGGCAGCGGCACUUCUCACUCUCACUUACCUCUUACGGCGCUGACAGAGCUUAAGUGAUGAUAGAGGAGACGAGAGAUAGAGCAACAUUACCACUUUUUUUUUGUUAAUUAUAAGUUGUAACCAAGAAACUGACACACAAACCACAACUUAGUAUAGAGAAGAACAAAAACACAAAACCAAAACCAAAAAUAUAUAAACAAAAAGCGAGAAAA